AUGCAGGAGCAGCGGGUCCGCAUCGUUGCCGUGGUGGGCCUGUUCGACAAGGGUAAGACCUGGCUGACGAAUAAACUCUUCGGGAAGAACCUCCCAAGUGGAAAGCUGUUCACGACCAGAGGGCUGAGUUUCCUCUGGGUUCCGGAGCGCCGGAUGCUUGUGCUGGACAGCCCUGGGGUGCAAGGAACCGUGUCUUACAAGUCCCGAGAUGUGGAUGCAAUUCUCGACGCGCGGACAACCGAGUCGAUGAUGUUCGACAUGAUCUGUAAGAUUUCCCACCAUGUGAUCUUGGUUGUGAACGACAACACCUGGCUAGAGCAGGAAUACGCAGCCAUGCUUUUGCGGGUCUUUGGGGAGGGGCUGAUCGUGGUGCACAACAUGCGGAUGACUUCGUGUGCCCAAGAGGCCCAAGAGCUGUUCGCCCGCCAGAUCACCCAAUGCUAUGAAGGUGGGGCGUCCCAUAUGGGGAACCUGCUUUUCACUGCUGAGUUGGGGGAGUCAGCUUCCCCUGUGCAUCACGUCGGACUGGCUCAGGAGAACACGAAAGCAGGACGACUCUUCAACAAGAAGAACUGCGACUACUUGAUGCAGCAGCUAGAGCACCGCCACACUUUGGGCUCUAGAGUCGUCCUCGCCAAGAUGUUGGAAGCGGAGUUCACCAGGUUAGUCCCAAAGUUCUUCCUGGUGGAGACUGCGCCCGAGCUCGACAAGGGGGUGCAGGAGCUCAAGGUUGAGUAUGAUGAGUACACUGCGGUGCAAGGCAAAGAGCCUGAGGCAGAAGGCGACUAUGUCGUCCGCGGCGUGAUGAAACUGGUGUCGCCGCGGCAAGAUGCUCAAAUCACCAUGAAGAAACAAGGUGUGAUCUCACGACUCGGGGAGAUUAUCGCGCAUGACGUCAGCUUCGAGCCCUGCGCAAACGUCUUCGACCAGCGGGUCGAGGAUGGCACGGAAAGGCUCAUCCAGAUCGAAUGCCCUGGGGUGAGCGAAGAGGACAUCGACUGGGAGGAGCUCAGCAAUGGUGUGAAGGUCACCAUCAAGAAGGAGAAGCGCAUUGAUGAAGCAGUUGUUCAGCCUGUGCAGCCCAUCAUGCAGAACCAUGGGACCUGGGUGCGCAACUUCGUCUUUGAUCACAGCGAUGGGCGCUUCGAACUCCGUGGUGCGGAG